CCAAGAUGGCUGCACUCUUGCUGAGACAUGUUGGUCAUCAUUGCCUCCGAGCCCACUUUUGCCCGAAGCUCUGUGUCAAAAUGCUGUUCCUUUGGGAACCACGGCCAAAGAAGAGACGGAGCAGUUCUGAAAUAAGAACACAGGCUCAAACCAUCCCAUUUGAACAAAUCACUAUCUACAGUUGGUCUCUUCCCACGGUAAUGUCCAUCUACCACCGUGGCACUGGCAUUGCUUUGAACGCAGGGGUCUCUCUUUUUGGCAUAUUGGCCCUGUUACUCCCUGGGAACUUUGAGUCUUACAUGGAACUCGUGAAGUCCCUGUGUCUGGGGCCAGCACUGAUCCAUGCAGCUAAGUUUGCACUUGUCUUCCCUCUCAUGUAUCAUACCUGGAAUGGGAUCUGCCACUUGAUGUGGGACCUAGGAAAAGGCAUGAAGAUUCCCUAGCUAUACCAGUCUGGAGUGGUUGUCCUGGUUCUUACUGUGUUGUCCUCUGUAGAGCUGGCAGCCAUGUGAAGAACAGAGGUUGCCAGGAUCAUCUUCCUGUCUUCCUGUACAUUAUUACAUUCACCCAUCUUUCUGUUUGUCACUUUUAUCUCCAGCUUGGGAAAAGUUCUCCUUAUUUGCUUAAAUCCUUUUGUGCUUUCAGAUCCCCUUGGAGCAGUAGAGUACCUUGUAGAUCAUAAUAGUGGAAAAGGGUGUAGUUUCCCCCUUGUUUUUAAAGAUGGGGUGGCUGCAAAAACUCCCCUUUUUUGCCCACAGCUUACCUACUCUGGGCCUGGAAGCAGUUAUUCCCUUACCAUAUUGGGCUUUGAUUUGUGCUGAGGGUCAUCUUUUGGCUUCUUCUUCCUGAGACAGUGGAAACAGUGCCAACUCUGUGGCUUCUGCCCUGGGGUCCAGGGGUGAUGUUUUGAGUGUCACUGCCUAUGUGUUGCUAGCUUAAACAACAAUUUUGUUCACUGGUGAGAGCCAAGGCCAUUAACACCUAUGUAGUGUUAUUGAAAGAAGAGAGGUGGGGGUGGAAAGGAAUUAGUCUAUGCCAGCUAGAGGAAGAUAAAGAGGACUAGUUAGUUC